CCGGCGCACGAGGCCUGUAGUUUGAAAGCUCGUCUGGGGCCCAAAAGUGUAAAGUAGCACUAUAGCCUGCCUCACACCACCAACUAAGUUAACGCCGUUUGGCAACUUGAUUCCAACCAAACGUUCCGCUCGCUUUGGUCCCCGAAAGUAAGCGGGGUGCCUUCAGGGACGAUGACGCCACCUGCGGGAGCAAGCCUCUUGGCGGAUUAUACGAUGGAGGAAGCGGCUUUUUGACGCCUUUUCUGGGGGGCUGGAAGUCAACACCGAGAGCGGAGAGAGAGACAAGAAAGCUUCCCAGCUGGCUAGCGGCUAGGCGGCUAACUGGGCAAGCUCGCGUGCCGCUCCACUUCCCUAUUGCGCUACGGCAGUGUCAAAUGGGAGGCUGACAACUUUGCUUUUGACUUCGAACACCAACCCGUGGAUGGAAAUACUCGCACCGGCCGCGCUGCCUCCACGGAACCGGGGCUUUAAAUCCGGACGGGCCUCGGGCUUGCACGUUUGUCCACGAAUGCGAUGUGUCGUCUGGUAGCUUUAGCCGCCCGAGGCUAACCUAGCUUUCAUUGACUUAGCAUUUGCUAGCGAAUCCGUAAUUAUGCACACUAUAGAGUCCGGGUCGUUAAUCGUCUCUUGGUAGCUGAAUGUCAUUUUGUGUGUGAGUGUGUAAGAAUUGAUUAGUAACAAAAUUGAAGUGGAAAAAACCCCGAUCCAGUUAGCUCUGUGAUGCUAACGUUAAGCUCGUGAUCUCGCCAGUCAGGGCAUUCCAAACGUGAGUUAUGAUGCUAACUAGCCCAAUGUUAUUAUGUUCCACCCGCAAAGCAAGGAGCAUAGCAUAGCAUAAUAGUAUUUAAAGGUUAUUUCUUAGUGAAGGUGGCAGUAGGUGUAACCGUGUGGAUAAAUGCCGAAUUCAGAUUUACUUAGGGAUGGCCGCGGCCGGAGUCCCCCCGCACAGAGAAAUGCUAACAGGCAGGACCGACGAAACGCGAGUAAGCCGGGAAGUAGUGCGGCUCAGCGGGACAGACAUCGAGACAAGAGACGAUCGUCGGCUUCUCGCCGGAAGAAACGCAGACAGGCCAAGGACAGGGACUUGUGGCACAUCGGUGCAACGGAAGGUACGGUCAGUGACCGACAUGGCACUUUUGGCAAGGAGGCUGAACUUCGGACACUGGUGGAGUAUGAUGACGUGAGCUCCCAGUCUGAGCGCUUUUCCGGGAGCCCAUCGCCCAAGCUGGACCACCAGGUAGAUCGGUUCCCCAUGGACCGAUUGGGCGACUUUGAGGAGUAUAACGCUCCGACGAGGGACCGCCAGGCCGUCUUCCUUAACAAGGACGUGCAUGCCAAAGGACCAGCAGAAAGGAGCAAGGACCCUGGCCGGAAGAAGGAACGUCCUAAUCGUGAGAGAAAUGCCAAAGUUCGUGGCGGACUCAGCCCGAGCAGCUCUAAAAACCAGCGAGACGUAGUGAAGACUAACGACAAAAACGGCAAAAGAGCGUCCUCCAGUCAGUCGUCACAGUCUGCAGACAAACGGGACUCCGCAAGGCAACGGAAUAAAACGAGAGCAGAUAAAGAACCGCCGUCUGCGUACAGAGACGUUCCUCCGCAGUCCUAUCGAGAUGAAGAGCUGAGGGCCUACAGGAGAAGCCCGGGAUUCAAAGCUGAAAGUCCCUAUGGGACGUCCUACCCUUACAGUUACCAGUCUCCGUCCGGUUACAACCAGAUGACAUCAAGACGAAGCCCCCCUUACCCAAGCAAAAGAACAUCUCCCGCGCCCAACUAUUACGGUCGAGAUGCUGACGUGUACGGUGCUUACGGCGUGGCCAAGUCACCCAGCUCGUAUUCGGGCAGCAAGAGGAAGCGAUCACCGACCAGUCCAGCCAACUGGCGCCGAUCUCCCAGUUACAGCAGACACAGCCCGUACGAGCAGGGGGAGUUUGUCACCAGUCCCUACGCAGGACGGAGGAGAUCUCGCAGUCCCUACAGGAAAUCUCUCAGCCCGAGUCCAGAUGUCAGGCGAUCGGUCAGGUCUCGGAGUCGCAGCCCGUAUUCUUCCUCCAGACAUUCUCGCUCCCGCAGCCGCCACCGCCACUCUCGCUCCCGCAGCCGACCCUCCAGCCUCUCGCCGAGCACGCUCACCUUCAAGAGCAGCCUGGCGGCCGAGCUCAGCAAGCAGAAGAAAGCCAAAGCCGCCGAGGCGGCCAAAGCCAAAGGUGCCGGCAAAGUUUCCACGCCGACUAAGAAUGCCGCCGCCCACCAGCCCAGUCCCAAGACCAACCACGCGCCCAGGAAGGGACGCCUGCCUUCACCGCCUGCCCCUCCAGCAACGGCAGCAGCGGAGAAAGGGCCGCGCACACCCACGUCCAGCCAGCCCCAGUCGCCCUCGGACUGCUCCUCGAAGAAGAGUUCAGAGCAGCCCGUCAGUCGGGAAAAAGACGGCAAGGCGAAGGAUGACUCCAAGAGGAAAGCGGCGGCGGCAAGCGGGCCGAGUAAAGAUAAGGAACGAGCCAGCGGGACCUUCAUCUCUGGUGUCCCGUCCCUGCCCCUUCCCCUGAGUUUUCUUGAGCAAAUUGAUAAAGGAGAGAGCGCAAAGGACACGUCGGCGAAGAAGAAGAAAUCCGAUCGAAAGCUGCUCACCGACCUGCCCCUCCCGCCGCUCCUUUCCAGCCGCACAUCUUCCCCGCACAGCCCGGCCGACGAGAAAAAGGGCCAAACGCCGCGUAAAAGGCCCAAAAUGUGCGGUCCGAGAUACGGCGAAAUAAAAGAGACAGAGAUCGACUGGGGGAAGCGUUGCGUGGAUAAGUUUGAGAUCAUCGGCAUUACGGGUGAAGGCACGUAUGGCCAGGUCUACAAGGCCAAAGAUAAAGACACAGCGGAGAUGGUGGCUCUGAAGAAGGUUCGCCUGGACAACGAAAAGGAGGGCUUCCCAAUCACGGCCAUCCGAGAGAUCAAAAUUUUGCGGCAGCUCAACCACAAGAGCAUCAUCAACAUGAAGGAGAUCGUCACCGAUAAGGAGGACGCGCUGGACUUCAAAAACGAUAAAGGUGCUUUCUAUUUGGUGUUUGAAUACAUGGACCACGACCUGAUGGGCCUGCUGGAGUCGGGCCUGGUGCACUUCAACGAGAGCCACAUCAAGUCGUUCAUGAGGCAGCUGCUGGAGGGGCUGGAUUACUGCCACAAGAAGAACUUCCUGCACCGUGACAUCAAGUGCUCCAACAUCCUGCUCAACAACAAAGGCAAAAUCAAACUGGCGGACUUUGGCCUCGCUCGCUUGUACAACUCUGAAGAGAGUCGACCAUACACCAACAAAGUCAUCACGCUGUGGUACCGCCCCCCGGAGCUCCUGCUGGGCGAAGAGAGGUACACGCCUGCCAUCGACGUGUGGAGCUGCGGAUGCAUCCUGGGCGAAUUGUUCACAAAGAAGCCAAUCUUUCAAGCUAACCAGGAGCUGGCCCAGUUGGAGCUAAUCAGUCGGAUAUGCGGUAGUCCGUGUCCCGCGGUGUGGCCGGACGUCAUCAAGCUUCCCUUCUUCAACACCAUGAAACCAAAGAAGCAGUACAGGCGACGACUGCGGGAGGAAUUUGCCUUCAUUCCUUCGACUGCCCUGGACUUGUUUGACCACAUGCUGAACCUUGACCCCAGCAAGCGCUGCACGGCCGAGCAGGCGCUGGGCUGCGAGUUCCUCAAGGAUGUGGACCCGGACAAAAUGCCCCCGCCAGAUCUUCCAUUAUGGCAAGACUGUCACGAGCUGUGGAGCAAGAAGCGUCGGCGUCAGAAGCAGAUGCCCGAGGAGCUGGCCGGCCCCCCGAAGGCGCCGCGCAAGGAGCUGGGCUUGGACGACAGUCGCAGUAACACUCCUCAGGGCUUCCCGGCUUCUGCCGGCAUCAAAGCCCCGAGUGCGGCGGCUUCAUCACUGCUGGACCCCAAAGGUGCGAACGCUCAGUUGACCCAGGAGCAGCUCGCCGUCCUCCUGAACCUCCUCGGCCCGCCCAACAGCACCGCCGCCAACACGGCCCAGUUCUUCCAAGCGGUGAACUCCAAAGUCAACCAGGAGACACUCCAGCAGCUCUCCAAAGCGUUGCCGCCCCCCGAUGCGGUCGAGCCCCCUGCUCAGCCCCCGCCGCCCGCCAAACCCCCGCAGCCCGCCGUCCCGGCCGGCGUGCCGCGCACCCCGCCCAUGCCCAAGCCGCCUUCUCCUCCUCCGCCCGAGGGGGACGCGGCGGCCGCCACCCAGACGGCCGUCACCAUGCUGCUGGCUCAGCUGCUGCAGGCUCAGAGGCAGGAGGUUGGGGACGGGGGUGACGCGGCGGAGGCUCCCGCCAACAACCUGGGGGUGGGUGCACCCGUGCCCCCUCUCGAGAACAAACAAGCUCCAGAAUCCAGUCCGGUCUCACCUGCGCUGGACAUGACAGGCGUCCCCAUCCUGCCCCCAGACCAGAGACCGCCCGAGCCUCCAGAACCGCCUCCGCACGCCGAUCUGGACUACAGGCGGCCGCCACCUGAACCUAAGCCCGGCCACGCCCCGCCCAUAGCGUCGGCCGGCGGAGGCGACGGUGGCGCCCGCCCCCCCGAGCCCGACUACCCGCCCCUCCCUACCGCGGAAGGCCCGGGCUACGGGGGCGACUUCAGCCACCCGCUGCCGCCGCCUCACUUCACGCCGACGGGCUUCGGGGACAGCUUCAUGGGUCACAUGUUGGGCGCGGGGUUACCGCCUCACUCUCUGAGAGAAGUGUUUAGUGGGCCGGGCCAGGCUCCGCCCUUGGAGCCCUUUCCCCCGCCGCCGGCCCCCCCCUCCACUGGCCCCCCGGGGAUGAUGUUCGCUGGGGACAAGGACCACCGCUUUGAAUACAGCCCCCUAUCAGUGGAGGGCCAGCCCAACCCAGGCGCCCUCCACCUGUACAACCACGCUCUGGUCCGGAAGGACGGCAUACACCCUCUCCCGCCACCACCCAUCCCAGCACCGGGCCACGCUUGGGCCUCGCCCUCUUCGCAGGUGCCCCUCGCCUUCGCCCCUCACAUCAACUCCACCAUUCGAGGACGAGGGCUGCCCUUCUAAACCACCUGGAAGCGACAUGUUGUGACUUGCAGACCUCCGCCUGCCCCCACCACCUCCUUUACAAGACGGCAGACCUAGUCAGAGGAGCUUUUCUCAGACCAUUUUUCAUAUUUUUUUUUGUAAUUUGUUCUACAAAUCUUUUAAAUUAAACUUUUUUUUGGGGGGUGGACUCUGAAUUAACCUUCUGGUACAUUCUUAUGCUUCCCGUGACUUCUUAUACUGAACUUCAGUGUCGUAGUCAUGUUUUGCACUACUGACUGAAGUAGGUUCAAAAACACUUUUAGCAGCACAAGAACAACACAUCAUGUUACCCCCAUCUCUUGUGCUCUCUCUUUGUGUGUAUUUUUUUUUCUUUUAUAAAAUGCUCCUUGACUUCUGGCAUUUGGUUGAGCAAAUUUGACAGUGAGACUCUGGAGCAAACAUCAAAGUUGUAUAGUGAUCCAACACAAAAAAAUGACACCAAGUGUUUUUUUUCUUUCUCUUUCUCUUGCCCUUUCUCUUUUUUUUUGUAUUAGUAAAAAUCUUGACCACAUAUUUUUUUCCUUUUGGCAAUUGUUUAUUAUUAAAGAAAUGCCACUGUGUAUAAUGUGUCUUCAGUUACUAUAAAGAUUAUUUUUCAAUGUC